AUGUUACGCUUACUAAAUAAAUCGAUUAUACGUCGGGGAAUUAGUGGUGUAAAUAAUGGGUCAUGGAUAUAUCCCACCAGGAAUUACUCUUUUGGACCCAGGUAUCCGUUGUCAACAGUAUUCAGAAGUAUUGAUAGACAACUGCAAGAAAUUGAACGACAGUUUGAUCGAGUUUUUUGGAAUUCACGCGACUGGUUUGAUAAUUUUCGACCUAUAAGAGUUCACGAACAUCCUUCACAAAUAGAAGCGUAUCGCGUUCUGAAUCCAAUCGUGGAAGAAGACGGCGUGAAAAAAUUCUUGUUGGAAUUGGAUGUUCGUCGAUUUAAACCAGACGAGGUUACUGUCAAGACUAAUGCCAAAGACAAUACCCUGACAGUUGAAGCAAAACACAAAGAUGACGAAACGAAGUUUGAAUAUUUGCGUAAAAUCACUUUGCCACAAGGAGUGAUUACUAAAGAUAUGACCUGCCACUUUACAUCGGAAGGAAUUUUGCAAAUCAAAGCACCAUAUAAUGCACCGGAAGAAGCUGUCUUCGCCGAUACGGAGAUUCCCGUAAAACAUGAAUAA